AUGAAGUUCUUCAUCCAAGCACUUGCGAUAAUCCCGAUCACCUUCGGCGCUUUGCUCGUCGACUUUAACGCUGCACGUGGCGACGACCCAAAGGUACUUGGCCUUCGCAACCUUGAAGCCGCGCGGGGCGAUACUAGGAGCGACAAUGCAGCUGAUCUCUACAUCAAAUCCGACAAAGACGCAAGCGGCACUGCCGCGGCGCACUUUCACCGUAAAAAGGACAACAUCAGGGCUGAAUACCAUGCUUUGAAUAAGCAGACUCAGGCGGACAAAACGUACUGGAUAGGAUACGAUGUUUCUGUCGCGAAGAUCCAGAAAAGCUUGAUGGUUUGGCAAUUCAAAGAAUACGUUGCCAAUAACGCCAACGACAACGGUGCCAACAUCCCGCUCGCUCUCGAAUUCAUCGAUUCUACGCACCUGCAAUUUCAGUACCAGGCGUCAGGCAGUGUCGGCCGUGUGGGGCAGUGGCAGAAGACCAUCAUCCCCAACCAACGCUACAAGAUCGGUAUUGCCAUCAAUACCGGUUCUCCAGGCUGGGUUGAGCUUUACAUUGAUGGAAAGCAGCAGCGCCUCGGCGACGGUGAGGGUGUGACACGGCUGACCGCGAACACGUUUCCUGGUAGAGCGGAUCCGAAGUUUGGCGCUUACCGUGGAGAGGAAAUCGAUAUAGAUACUUUUGUGUAUGACGUGCAAAUUGGUGAGAGCAAGGAGGAUGUUGCCAGGGCAGCCGGAUUCUAG